AUGGCCGACAAGCUCCGCGGCAAGCGGCUGAAUUUUGCCAUCACGUUCAGUGCUGGUAGUUCGUACCUUCUCUUUGGUUAUGAUCAGGGUGUUCUUGGUGGGCUUGUAACCCAACCGAGUUUCCUCGAUGCCAUCGGAAAUCCAAGCCCAAGCUUCCUCGGCCUUAUUGUUGCCUUGUACAAUAUUGGUUGCUUAGCGGGUUGCUUUGUGGCCGCUGGUUUUGGUGGCAAACUUGGUCGAAAAAGAACCAUUAUCUGGGGCUGUUCAAUCAUGGUGGUUGGCGGAAUAAUUCAAGCUGCCACGUACGGAUCUGCUCAGCUCAUUGUUGGGAGGUUGAUUUCCGGUGUUGGUAAUGGUAUGAUCACAUCUACCGUUCCAGUCUACGUGUCCGAGUGCUCCAAAGCGACCAGUCGAGGGAGAUCUGUUGCAAAACAGCUUUCUAUUGUCAUUUUCGGCACUGUCGUAGCUUAUUGGCUAGAUUACGGCACAAUCAAGCACCUAACUGGAGAGGUUGUUUGGAGAUUCCCGAUUGCGUUCCAGAAUGUGUUUGCGCUGGUCACGCUGGUCACGCUUCCGUUCUUGCCAGAGACACCAAGGUGGCUUUAUUCCCACGGCUACAAAAAAGAAGCUAUCAACGUGUUAGCGAGGCUGCAAGAUUGCAGCGAAGACGACCCUGGUAUUUGUCAGAUCGAACGUGAUAUGGAAACCGCAUUGAGGCUGGAGCAGGAGUCAAACAAGUUCUCUAUCAGGGAUCUGCUCAACGACAAGACUCCAGUCAAAAACACAAGGCGCCUGGUAUUGUGUUUCCUCAUCCAGUUCUGGCAACAGUUCACCGGCAUCAACGUCAUUGCUUUUUACGUCACGAUCGUGCUCGAAGUAAACGUGGGACUGUCGAGAGAAACAAGCAGCUUGGUCGCAGGUUGCAUUCAAAUCGCCUUUUGGCUGGGCACGUUCCCUCCGAUGUACUUGUUAGACAAGGUUGGCCGACGACCUAUGCUUCUGCUCGGCUCUGUCGCACUCCUGGUUUCCAUGGCCAUGUUUACCGCAGGAAUCGCUGUGGAUACACCGGCAACGGCUAAUAUGGCCUUGGCGAUGUUGUUUGUUUACGAGAUUUCUUUCGGCAUGUCCUGGAAUAGUAUUCCUUGGCUCUACGCGGCAGAAAUCACACCCCUCGAACUGCGUCAUAUUGGAUCUGCCGUUGCUACCUUUUCUGAAUGGCUAUGGACAUUUGUCAUAGCCCUGAUCACACCCUACGCUAUCAACACGGCGGGUUGGAAGUUUUAUCUCCUAUUCUGCAUCAUGAUAGUCUUGAACAUUCCAUUCACUUAUUUCUUCUUUCCAGAGGUAAGUUCUUGA